UCCUUGAGUCCUGAAUUUCCUGAUCGUCCCCUGAAAAACAAACGCUAGUCCUUACAUAUCGACCCAGCCCAGCCAAGCCCAGCCUGCCGGCAUCGCUAUCACCGUUCUUCGUCGCCGUGGCAUCGCGUCCCUGCCAUCUCCGCAUUCGCCGGGCAGCCUGCCGCCACCAUGAGCCGUGCUGACGCCGAUAUGUACGCUGCUGCCUGCGCCUCAGGUGCCGUGGCGGCCACGUUGGGAAACAUUGUUAGUACUUUUUGCGGAACCGGGACCGGAGGCGAACUUAAUGAAAUCAGUGGUAUUGCUGCUGCCGACGCCUACUACAACAAUGAUGAAAUUGAUGAGAUCAAUAUCUUUGCUGCCUAUGCCGGUGAACGAGUAGAAGACAAGAGAAAUAACAACUGGUUAAGCUACUUCAUUCUGGCAUUUCCCGUGAUGAUAGCCAUCGUUUCAGUAUUUGUCGUUGUGUUUAGAGCUGUUUAGUAUUAUUAUGGUGUCCAAUAGUAGUUUGUUGACUACUCCUUGGAUUUCUUAAAGAUCAAUGCCACAAGAGCCAUGCAUGUAUGCAUU